AUGGAUUUCGACUAUGCUUACCAUCCUCAAGAAUAUCGAUUAGAUGAGAGUACUAGCCACGGAAGUCUUGAAGAAGCAUUAAAAUUUUGUUCGAGUGAACUGAUGAGAAGUAGUACUCAUAUACCAAUUGAAGAUAUAAAUAUUCUAUUCAAUGAAUUGAGUGAUUUAUUUCCUUCCAUGGAAAAGUGGAUUUGGGCUAUCAAAUUAAAUUGUUUAGGAUUACGGAAAUACGAAACAUUACGAAAUUAUAGCGAACCAAUCUCAUACUAUAAACGAGCUCUAGAGAUAUGGGAUAAUUACAUAAACGACGACGAAUAUGAUCGCUUGUUGAAUAUUGGUGAGAUACACAAGCUGAUAGCUGUUUGUUUUGAAGCAAGACAUCCGCGUGAUAAAAAUGCAGCUAUGAUGCAUUGUGAUUUAGCUAUAUCUUAUACGCGAUCAGCAGAAGAAAAAGCACAUACAGAUUAUGAAAAAAUAGAUGCAGUGAACCGAAUGGUCAAUUUAUAUAGUUGUAAAAUGCAUAUUAGUAACAAUACAAGAGAGAAUGCUCCGAUGAUUAUGAAAUACUUAGAACUUGCUAUUCAAAAAAUGUUGAAAUACUAUCCAAAAAAUGAUAUUAUGAUUAUGUCGCGCGUCGAACGUCUAGCUGAUCUUUUUGUUUUAGUAAACAAAUUUGAUGAUGCUUUGAUCAGAUACAAAACUGUUCUUGAUAUCUAUCUACAACAAACAAAACCACCUAUAGAUUGGAUCGAAAACAUUUGCGAACAUAUGGCUGAUAUCUAUAUCAAAUUUAAACAUGAUUGCAAUUCAGGACUUCACUAUCAGUUAACCAGUCAUGAAUUUAAACUGAAAUCUCAAGCAAUGAAUCGAAGUGAUGAUAUAGAUGAUAUUAAUAGUAAAAAACACAAAAUUGCUUUGAGUUAUAAAAAGUUAUCGGUGAUUUACAUUCAGUUAGGUCAGUAUAAUUUAGCAUAUACACAUCUUUCUCUAGCUAUGAAACUGUAUGAAGAAAUUAUGGAAUCAACAGAUUUUAGUGGUACGAUGAACGAAAUUGCAGAAAUCAAUGUAGUAUUUGCAGAUGCCUCCAUGAAGUUGCAUCAAUACGAGUUGGCAUCUGAACAUUUACACAGUGUCUUGCGAUUAUGUGAAGGAAGAUCAAGAUUUUACAAUGAAAAGAGUAAAGUUGCUGAUAUAGACAUAAAGUUAGCAAGUCACUAUGCAGAAUUAAAGGAGUAUGAUCUGGCCGAUCGGCAUUUAGCACGAGCGCUGAACAUUUAUCGAACAAUCAGCGACACACAAUAUGAAUGCAGGAUGAGAGUUAGAACAGUUAGAAACGGUCAUAUACAGCGGCGAAAACGUUCGAAUACGAUCAUUUACCUUACAGAAUACAACCAUUUACGAUCAUAUCUCGUGGUGUUUCUUGAUUCCAAGAUCAAGACUAUAUCCCAUCGCGUUAUAUAUGACGAAAUACGACUGAUAUGCAGUCCCCACCGAUGAUCGUUUUUUUUCAUUACAUGUGAAGCUAUUGAUCACUGAUUGUUUUCUUUUUCCAAGUUUUAACGUAUAUAUUUCUAUUCUGCGGAGG